AUGACCAAGGCCAUAAGGGCAGUGGCAAAUUAUUGGUGUACAACACCUCUUGAUCAAGGAGAGUUGGGACCCUCUCUUCCGGCAACCGCCAAUGAGCCAUCAAGCAGCCUCAAACCUGAGGUCUACGGGGAAAUCUCCCUUGGACAAGCAAUCUCCCUCAUCCUGGGAUUGCAAAACCAAGUCCUCCGACUCAAGCGGGAACUCAAGGAAACCAAGGAGGCAACAAAGGAAGCCCGAGACUGGAUGGGCGCAGUCAAUCAAGCCCUCACUCGCAUUGAGGCUAGGGGUGGAGCCCCACACACACCAGAAGACCGGAAACCUCCAGCAGUUGAGGCCACGCCCAGGCCCUUAUCAAAAACCAACCCUCUUCCAGCGCCUAGUGCGCCCCUCAUUGCCUGGGCCAACCCCACCAAAGCUCCCCUGGCCUUUGCACAGCCAACCCCAGUCCAAGCCCCCCCAAGAGGCUAUACUCCCCCUCCGCCUUUGCCUAUCCGACUCCGCUCCCCCCAAGUCCCACAACCAGUGGCCCCUGUAGCCGCUUAUCAAACCCCCGUCAAGGUGGACCACCCUGACGCCUAUACGGGGAAAAUAGGGAACAAAGCCCGCCAAUGGCUCACACGGAUGUUGGCAUGGGUACGUCUAAAUCAAUGGAUGUUCCCCAUGGAUCAGGAGGUCCUAUUGUUCCUCCUAAUGAACAUGAAGGACGUAGCAGGAGCCUGGGCUCACCCCCACCUCAAUCAACUUGGGUCUCACAGGGCCCUUAUCCAAACGGUUGACGGGUUCAGGACGGAGUUUUUGGCUGCAUUUGGGAACCCCAAUGCCACACAAGCCGCCGAGCGGCAAAUUACACAACUUACUCAGACAGGAACCUGUGCUGAGUACAUCACAAAGUUUAGGACCAUUUCCAUGGACCUAGACUGGAACGACGCCGCCCUUUGUGGGCAAUUCGCACGUGGCCUCCACUGGGAGGUCAGCCGCCUCAUUGCUACCUGUGAGCAGCGCCCAACCACCCUCCUGGAGCUGCAGAACGCGGCCCUGGUCAUCAAUAACGCCCUCCAAGAGGAGUGUGCCAGCCACCCACCUAAGGGAAAUAAGUCUGGUCCCUCUUCCACUACCCCCAACAGGGGGGCAAGUACCGGCCAACAGGCCACAAGACCAGGGCGCCUCUCCAGCAACCCCAACUUUGUCUCCAAGGAGGAGCAAAACCGCCGCAGGGCUGAAGGCCUUUGCAUCAAAUGCAGAAAAGCGGGGCACAAGUUUGCGGAAUGGCGCACUGGCUGGAAGGCCACGCCUAAAGAGGAAGGCGUCAAAAAGGAAGCCGCCAAAGUUGGCAAAGAGUCUGGACCCAAAUUGGGAAAAGACUAA